UCAGCAGGGUAGCAUCGCGCUAGUGGUGGUAGCACAACCCUCAACUGGACUGGAACACAUCCACGUUCCAAAAUCGGCAUUCCUUGCAAGAUGCCCCGCUUAUUCGCCAUUUUGACCAUUUGAUCUCAGGGCUUUUAAGCCCGACGUUUUUUUUUUGUUUUGUUUUUUUUGUUGUUAUGUUGUUGAAGAAUGGAAACGGACGACGUGUCGGUGAGGGAGCAACUUUUCCACAACCGUGUACGGGAGACCAUCAUCUGUGUGCUUCUGUUUACGUGCCUCUACAUCAUGUCCUACCUCAUACUUGCACGCUUCAAGAAGACUGCAGAGUUUGUCACCGAUGAUAUUGAGGAUGCAACUGUCAACAAAAUUGCAUUGUGGCUGUGUACAUUCACGCUGUCUGUUGCUGUAUGUGCGGUGCUGCUGCUCCCCAUCUCGAUUCUGUCCAACGAAGUGCUGCUCACCUUUCCACAGAGUUACUACAUGCAAUGGCUCAAUGGAUCUCUUAUCCACGGUUUGUGGAACCUAGUGUUCCUUUUCUCUAAUUUGUCCCUCGUCUUCCUCAUGCCAUUUGCCUACUUCUUCACUGAGUCUGAGGGAUUUGUUGGCUCAAGAAAGGGAGUCAUGGCACGAGUAUAUGAAGCAGUGAUUCUGUUAUUGCUGCUGGCUCUGCUGGUGUUUGGCAUUGUGUGGGUUGCAUCGGCACUUCUUCAUGACAAUAUGGCGAGGAAGAGCCUCUAUGACUUGUGGGAGUAUUAUCUUCCCUACUUGUACUCGGGCAUCUCGUUUUUUGGAGUGCUGCUGCUCCUGCUGUGCACACCUUUCGGGUUAUCUCGGAUGUUCAGUGUCACAGGCAGCCUGUUGGUCAAACCUCGGCUUUUUGAAGAUGUUGACGAAGCACUAAGCUGCACUGCAUUUGAGGAAGACUCGCUCUCCAGAAAACUGAAGUGUGGCAAUCCUCAGUCGUGCUGGGUCCAGCUGAAUGUCGAGGCGAUGAGGAAGGAACACCAAGCACUCCAAACAAAGCGUAUUGCUUUAGAAACACGAAGAAAAGCUUCGCCAUGGCAGAGAAACUUGGGUUAUCCACUGGCUAUGCUUAUGCUCCUUGCCCUCACAGUGUUGUGCGUUCUGAUGGUUUGUUUCAACGUGCUGGAGUUGCUCCUUGACGAAACAGCAAUGCCGAGAGGAAUGGAAGAUCCUCACCUUGGGAUGGCCUCAUUCUCAAUGUUUGGCUCACUGGGUGCAGCAGUCCAAGUAGUCCUUAUACUCUAUCUCAUGGUGUCCUCAAUCGUGGGAUUUUAUAGCUCACCUCUCUUCACCAGCUUGGUGCCUCGUGCACAGGACACCAACCUCACACAGAUGAUUGCCAACUGUGUUUCUCUUCUCAUUCUGAGCUCAGCCCUUCCAGUCUUUUCACGUACACUUGGGAUCACCCGCUUCGAUCUGCUGGGAGAUUUUGGCCGCUAUAACUGGCUCGGGAACUUCUAUGUGGUGUUCCUGUACAACAUGCUGUUUGCUGGCCUCACCUCCGUCUCUCUGACCAAGACUGUCACAUGGGCAGUGCAGAGGGAGCUGAUCCGCGCAUUUGGUCUCCACAGACUACCCUUAACCGUCUCGCGCACCACUGUCCCAUUCAGGCUCCUCCUGGCAAGCGGACUGUCGAAAAUCCAGUGACUUUCACCUCGGCAGUGUUUUGGUUUUUUGUUUUAUUUUUAAGAGAAGUCAUUGGUGACAUGACUUGUACUAAGCAGGGAUGAGGGUGAGUCCACUUGAUUGUUUGCCAUGGGUUCUCCGCUAAAGGAUGUUGGACCAAAAUGUGAAAGUACAGUUUGUGCAUUCAUAAAAAAAGGUCAAACGUGACUCAAAUUCAUAUUACACAGACAGUGGAGACCCCAAAGAGGACCCACAAUGCUUCUGAAAUGUGUGCAAGUCAGCAAAGCUAUUUUCAAGCGAUAUGCUGAAGCUGUGAGAUCAUUUCCUCUUCCUGUAUUGGCUCGCUCUCAUAUUCUCAGUGACUUGCCCACAGUUGAAGGGUGUUUCACUAUUUUAAGAGUGUAAAUCUGACCUGCGUGUUGUGCACCCACUACUGGUAUACUGUACAAUCAUGUUAAGAAAAUGGACCAAUGGGGUGCCUUAUUUUUAGUUUGUCAUGAAUGACAAAGUCACAAUUGCUGACUUAUAAAACUGCACAAUAAGAAAGCUUUACACUUGGUCUUACGCAUUGUUGGCCAGGGAAAACACUGCAGGAAACAUACGAUUUAAACAAACCAAACUGUGAAUUAUAACACUAUUUUGUGGGGAAGUGCAAUAUGUAAAAAGGACACUUAAAAAUGUGUUAAUUUUAGCUGCCUCCAUUCGGUGUGAAUGGGUUUUAUAGGUGCUUGUAUUUUUUCAUGAGACCAUUUUUGGAUCACUUUUGUUUAUCUUCUGUAAACAUUUCCCCUUUCUAGCUGUAUCGGCAGAUUAUGAGACGUUGCCGUAACCAGCAGGGGGCAUUGUAUCUCAAAUUCAAUCUCCUGUGUUUUCCAUGUCUUCUCUGCCGUGUUUGAUUUAAUGACCACACAAUAUAUUUAACUGUAUACAUUGAUCACUUUGAGGGUACUCCUUUCACACUAUAUAUAUAUUUAUAUACAAUAUAUAUAUGAUUUUGUUGUCUUUUUUUUAUAUAUAUAUACAAACUGGAACACAAUGUUUGCUUUUCAUUAUACACAUUCGGGCAUUGAAGAAAUUGCACCUUACAGGAGUAGCCCAUGAAACAGUUGUUGAAUUUCGUGACUGUGAUAUAGUUGGAAGGGGGGAUCUUUAGAGUUGGUCUCAAAGAUCGCCGAAAAUGCUCAUUGUUGACCUGAAAACACUUUUGUCGUUUUAACAGCAAAAACAAUAAAAGAUGA